UGCAUUUGUAUUAGUUACCGGCUUCAGCAGCUAUAAAAGCUAUUCUUUCGACGGAAACUCGUUUAGUUACUCUGUGACCGGCAAACGUGAUUAUUUGUGUCUAACAGUUCGUUUUUUGUGUAUCCUGCUAAAAAAUCAUCAACAAUGGGUAUUGAUUUCUACUAUUUGCCUGGAUCUGCGCCAUGCCGUGCCGUUCAAAUGACCGCAGCUGCUGUCGGCGUCGAUCUCAAUCUCAAACUCACCAAUCUCAUGGCGGGCGAGCACAUGAAACCCGAAUUCUUGAAGUUGAAUCCGCAACACACGAUCCCAACCAUCAACGAUAAUGGCUUUUCGCUGUGGGAAUCUCGCGCCAUUCAACUCUAUUUGGUCGAAAAGUACGGCAAAGACGAGUCUUUGUACCCGAAGGAUCCGCAAAAGCGCGCAAUGGUCCAUCAACGCUUGUACUUUGACAUGGGCACAUUAUAUUCGCGCUUUGCCGACUAUUGGUAUCCGCAAUUGUUCGCGAAGGCACCUGCGAAUCCCGAUAACUUGAAGAAAAUGGAGGAAGCCAUGGAAUUCUUCAACACCUUUUUGGAUGGUCACAAAUGGGCCGUUGGAGAUUCGAUGACAAUUGCCGAUAUUUCGUUGGCAGCCACCGUUUCGACGUACGAAGUUGCCAGUUUCGACUUUUCCAAGUACCCGAAUGUGCAAAAAUGGUUUGCACAAUGCAAAUCGAGCAUGCCCGGUUAUGAACUCAACCAAAAGGGAUGCGAUGAGUUCAAGAAAUUCUUUGCUUAAAGCACUCGGAUAAAUGCCCGGAGCAAUUCCAUCAUCUAAUUUUUUUCAUUUUUAAUGUUUCA